GAAACCAAGUCCACUUCAGUAAUCAAUGUAGAGGUUGGAAAAAAACUGUGGCAUAGUACACAAGUGGGAAACAACAACAGCCCUGCUGCAUCAGCGGCGUGCUUGCGUGCGUGUGUUUGUGUGUGUUUGUGUGUCAGAGCGGCCGAGUCGGCGGUCCGUGGCAGAGCCGGUGUGUAUCGCGGGGGAGGAGGAGUGGCGCAGGCGGGCAGCAUAGGGGUAGGAGUGCAGGAGCGCCAGGGCGCGGUCUUUACUGCUUUCUUUACUGAUCACUCCAGCUCCAGAGACGAAGAGUGGACGAAGUACGCCAGAAGGCGAAGACGAGCGCAGAACAUGAGGAUUCCUCCUCACAGCAGCCGGCUCUCAGUCUUCACUGCGCACCCUGUCAGUCUGUCCCUGCGCGCUGCUCUCCGAAUCUCUGCGCUAAGUUCAAUAAAAGGACUUACCAGGAUCCCCGUGUAGCCUCUAAUUAAAUGGACUUGUUCUCAUUUCCAUUCCGCUGUUUGUCGUCAGUGCGUAUGGAGAGGCACUGUCCUCUCGGCACCACUGGAUCCUGCUUUUGUUUUGACGCGUUCCUCCUGCGACGCAUGACAGCCUCGCGCACUUUUUACGCACAGACGAUGACGAGGAUAAAAGCAAUAAGGAAUUAAAGAUCCCUCAAUUUCUUUACCCCCUCUGUGGGGGGAAAAAAGGAGCGUAAAAGGGAGUGCGGAGGAAGGGGGACAGUUUGAGUUUCACCCUUGACCCGUGGCCCCCGUAGCACUCCGUGUUUGGGGGCUUUCUUGUUUUGAGAGGGGGUAAUGCGUGUUCCCGCGGUGCUGGGGCUCCUGGUCGCCUGCGCGCUGAUCUGCGCCCCGGUGAGCGAAGCGUGCGGCCCGGGCAGGGGCUUCGGCAAGCGCCGGCCUCCCAAGAAACUCACGCCGCUCAACUACAAGCAGUUCAGCCCGAACGUGGCCGAGAAGACACUGGGCGCCAGCGGCAGGCUCGAGGGCAAGAUCACGAGGAACUCGGAGCGCUUCAAGGAGCUCACUCCCAACUACAACCCCGACAUCAUCUUCAAGGAUGAGGAGAACACGGGCGCGGACCGGCUUAUGACCCAGCGUUGUAAGGACAAGCUGAACUCACUGGCCAUCUCUGUCAUGAACAUGUGGCCAGGUGUCAAACUGAGGGUCACUGAGGGCUGGGAUGAAGAUGGCAAUCACCUUGAGGAAUCACUGCACUAUGAAGGCAGGGCAGUGGAUAUCACCACCUCAGACCGUGACCGUAAUAAAUACGGCAUGUUGGCACGGCUGGCAGUUGAAGCCGGCUUUGACUGGGUGCACUACGAGUCCAAAGCACACGUGCACUGCAGCGUGAAGUCAGAACACUCUGUGGCUGCUAAGACAGGUGGCUGCUUUCCGGGAGGAGCUCUGGUCAGUCUGGAGAAUGGGAGCAGGAAGGCUAUGCAGGAUCUGCAGCUUGGUGAACGAGUCUUGGCAUCAUUACAUGGUGACGGCAGUGGGGAGCUCAUCUUCAGCGAGGUCAUCGCCUUCCUAGAUCGCCAGUCCUUCACCCGCACACUGUUUUAUUCAAUAGAGACAGAGUCUGGUGCUGCAUUAAGCCUCACAGCUGCCCACCUCGUGUUUAUAGCUAAGGGUAACUGCUCGGGCUCGGUGGCCAGUGGACAGCUUAGGACUGUGUUUGCCAGCGAAGUCCAGCUGGGUCAGUGUGUAGUUUCGGCUCAGGGACCAGGACAAGAAGGAACGCUGUCCCGGGUAAAAAGGAUUCAGCUACAGGAGGACAUGGGAGUGUUCGCGCCUCUCACUAUGCAUGGCACAGUUGUGGUUAAUGACAUUGUGUCUUCCUGCUAUGCAGCCAUGGAUGAACAUUGGCUUGCUCAUGUUGCUUUCGGCCCACUAAGGGCACUUCAUCAUUGGGGAGGGCCGAUGGGCCACCAGGCUGAGGGGGUACACUGGUACUCCUCACUGCUGCACGGGAUUGGAAGACACAUACUCGACCCGAAACACUUUCACCCCUGGAGUGUUGUAGCUUCUGAUAGAUGAGAGGGAGAGAAAUGAAAUGCAAAAAGAGAAAUCAGACAUAAUGAGAGAACUGAAAGAACAGAAUAACUUUUGGUCCCAUAAAAAAAAAUCAGUUCUCUUAAAAGACUUGAAGAUUGCAGUAAUUUCCUGGGUGAGUUCUCAUUUGGAGGACGUCCCCAAAACUCACAUGUAAAAUAUUCAAUGCAAAACUAUUUGAAAUGGGUUUUUUAUUUGCCUACACUGGAGCAUACUCACAAACACAAAUACACAAACACGCACACGUCUACACAUAUGUGCAUACAUGAUAUUAAUAACCAUUCUUAUCCGGACUGAGGUAAUGCAACAGAAGUAAGCUGUAGAUAAAUUAGCUCAGGUAAGUAGUAGCUCAGUCUUAGCCUGUCUGAUACUGUAGCUGGUUCAGUAUGAUAAAGUGUUAUAUGGAGAUAACAUGGGCUUGGGACACACAAACAAAUGCAGUUAUUAUUAAAGGCAACAAAGAAAAUCAACCAGAUCUGCUAGAUAUCAGGUAUUUCCCACUCCUGAUGUUGUACCGUUCUGUAUGUGUUACGUCCUGUUCGUCGCUUACAAGUCCAAACCUGGUGUCUUAGACUUUUCAGAGCUGUAAUGUUCCGUGUUUUCCUGCUGGAAAUGUUCUUUGUAACUUUAUCAUGUAUUUAAUAGUCACAUUGUACACUGUAUUUCUACAUAUAGCAUACACAAGGGGUAAAAUACACAACAUUUGCAACUUUAGCCAUACUAAUUAAGCUAUACUCUGCUAUUUACUAUUUAUUAACUUCACUCAGUACAGAUGUGUCCGAGAGCAGCCUGUUUUAGCCAGCAUCCUUUGUAAAUGCUCAGUAUGCUAAUUCCCUAAGUAUGCUUUAUGGAGUGAUACUUGCAAUCUGGCGUGCUUUAUUUACCUUUUUUGUGGCAUUAUUAACUUUUUACCAAAAAGAUGUCAAAAUUAUAUGUUCAUAAAAAUAUUU